AUGAAUACAAUUAGAGAAUUGCGGGCAGAAUUGGCCUAUGUUCGUACCGAAAAGGAUGCCAUGACGAGGGAAAAGGAAACCGAAGAGGCGAGAGGUAAUGACAGGCUAAACCCCGCGCAAGUUCGUCAACUAAAAAAUGAAAAUGAAAUGCUAAAACAAACUAAGAAGCAUCUUGAGGAAGAAGUAUUUUCAAUGAAGGCUGAAUUGGCCCUAUCCCGUCAUCAAGUGGAGGAGGAUGACGAUGAGGAUGAUAAAGAAGCUGACGUUUUUGGAGACAGUGAGGGAAUUCCGGCAUUUAUAAAGAGUGUGUUAAAGAUUCCGUAUUUUCCAGGAACUCAGGCAAUACAAAACACGCACAAAUCCAUUCUUGCCUCACUGACUACUGAUCUUGACGAGUAUAGACGUAUGCUGAAGUACCGAUUCUUUUUUAUUGGUGCUCCCAAUGGAGGCAAAUCUAGCGUUGUAAAGUGUCUUGCAACUUCUUCUCCUCCAAUGAUUCGGAACACGCCGGAGGUUCUUACGCCAACAGUUCAUCCAACUUUUACUUCUAUUUCUGUGGAUGAUGCUUAUUGUUCAAGAAACGACUGGUAUAAGACAUAUGUUCAGUUUCGCGAUUUGGAUGCCCCUCAACAACAACAGUCAGGUGGGUUCUUAAAUUCCAUUGGCAUCUCGAAAAGCUCUAAGAGUGGUGUCGUUGAUCCCGCCAAAGUUUACAUUGACUUAUUGGAUCUUCCAAGCGAUUCUGUUUUUUGGCGUGGUAUUCCCCCCUAUUUUUUGCCCUCGAAGGGUGUGGUAUAUUGUUUGGUUUACGACCUUACAAAACCGGUUGAGGAGGUGAAGCAGGACCUGGAAAAACACCUCACACUUCUUCAUGCUGCAUGUCAUCGAGCAUACUCGAAGGAUAUCGGUGGAGAUGCAGUCAAGAUCGGAUUUUGCUUGAUUGGUACCAGAAAAGAUUCUCUCAAAGAUGCUCGAGAUUCAGCAGUAUUAAUACACAUUAACAGAAUUGCUGUUUUACUUGGUGACACUUUUUUUCGGUUGCGUGGCGAGGAUAAUCGAGGUCUUGUCUGUAUUGGCAACUUUGCUGUGAGCACAAAAGACUGGUCAGUUUUGAGCACAAAAAAGGACCAGGGACCAAGGAAUUUUAAAGAAUUGAACAACUUUUUGGGAACUAUUGUUUCUCAACUGUACUCCAAUCGUCCAAGCAGUCUUUUGCCAUCAUCAAAGGACACCGCAUCUCACCUAACUUAUAUGCUUGGAGACGAAUUAUUGGAAAGCUCAGCUGAAAAAACUUCACAUCUUCUACAAGCACAACAACGUUUGCGACAAGGCAUUGUGACCCUUCUUACCUGUUUGCUUCGUGAGAGGAAGGUUCGAUGGGCAAUGCAAGAAAAAGAACUUAGGUCCUUAAUUUCCGACCACUUAUGUCUGGACUCAAAGACGAGCUAUGGUGUUUUUACUGAAAACUACGUGGUUCGUGAACUUUUUUCCCGUGGGGUUAUUAUUGCUCUUCCUAACGCCAUUAUUGAACCCAAGUAUUUGCCACGUCUUGGUGAUUCUAAACCGCUUCCACACGAUGGAGUUGUCGUCUUGGAUCCGAACAACCUACUUGUGAAUUACUCGUUAUUCAUGUGCCCAAACUCUCUAACAAGGGUGCCAAAUGGAACGCCUUUCCUCAAAGAUCGCGAAGUUAUGUUCUUUGAUUACUCUGCGUUAAGCCGUUGCCAGACCACAUGGGGUCAGGGUAUUGUGACAGGUGAUGUUACUCAGAUUGUCAACGCAAAGUUGCUGCCACAAGUGGGUAAUGACUUAAAAACUGUACAAGAGUUAUAUUGUGUCAUGGGCUUGGGAUUGCCUCUGGGAGCCGAAGUUGCCGUGAUUUCCCCAUCUCAUUUCUCGGCGCGCAUGUCUGAUUGUUUGAUUUACUAUCUAUCGUACAUGAUCUCUUGCAAUGGAGACGGUGUUGCAAGACAAUAUAAACUCAACGCAAAUCCACCGACUCUUUUUUCUUCUCUCCAAACGAGGCUGGUUCCCUUUUCACAUUUACCUUCGAAGGAUCCACGACACUUGGUUAUGAACUGGGUAGACGCGUCCUUUUUGGUAUUCGGGAAAAGCCGUUUGAAGUAUGGUGCUUUUGGUUCCAAAGGAGUGAAGGAUGCUACGACAAAAACAGAUAUUCCUCUUCGCGGCAUUAUGAAACAAGAAGGUCAAUACCUGUACAUUUGUAUAACUGGGCGCCACACCAAUAGCGAGGAGGCGAUUGCUGCAUCUGCCGCAGUUAUCGAUGCUGUGCACUACGAGUUAACUUCUCUGUGCAAGCGGAAUUUCCGUGGUGUGAGGGUAAAAUAUCAGGAGGUUUUGCUUACUGGAGCCUCUUUAAAGAGAGAAAGCUUUUUGACUGGGCAGGCAACCAUUUUGAGUCGCUACAGAGCUGAACCCAAGGUCAUUGCGGCGCAGAAGCAGAUCACACAAAAUCUCAGUGAUCCGAAGGCAAACGAGAUUGAGGAUGCCAUCAUUAACUUGCCGUUAAAGCUGAGAGAAAAAGUGGAAUGA